CCGGAACUGACUCGUGGGGGUGUUUCCUGGGCAGGAGGACUCGAAAGGGUGGAGAGAGGCAGGCCAGGGCAAAGGUGGGCCGCUGGGCUGAGAGGAAGCUCUAGUGAGAACAGGUGAUAGAGGCAGAACUUCUAAGUUGGGAGAGUGGAGCAGCCGCCGCAGCUGCGGGGCCGCCGCUUGGCUCUGGGACAGGGAGCGCAGGGAGAGUUGGUGAGGUGGGCAGAGGCCCGGGAGUGAGGGGAGGAAAACUGCGGGGGGAGAGUCCGCGAACCUUGGAGGGGAGUCACUGGUGAAAAGGUUGGAAGAGGAGCCUGAAGAACCUGUUUCCUUUUCCUUCUGGAAAAGGAAUUCGUUGGUGACGGUGGGGCAUGGGCAGAGUCUUUGUAAGGGUUGGUACUAUUAUUUUCAGAGGAAUGGCGCCCAGGGCCAAGUGUGGAGGUGGAGGACCUGCAAGUUAAGUUCAUUUCUGUGGGGCUUUUAAAGUUAGUAAGUAGCUCGUUCAGGGCCGAGAAGCGAGAAGCUACUGUGUAGUUUAUGGGGUGACAACCUACAUACCCGGAGAAGGGAGUGCCAGGGUUUGGGGGAAGGAACAUGAGUGGUUUCCCUUUAGCAUGUAGAGGUGGGAUAUUUGCAGGACGGGUUGAAGGAAUGAUGGCAGUAUCCAUGAAGAGUGGAAAUCGGGUAGUGAGAAGGAAGUCAUAGCUGGAGAGUGAGGAAGCAAGAAAUGGCAUGAUUGUAGGAGUGGGGGACCUGAUUGCAAUUUAGAGAAAUGGUUUGAAGAUGGUUUACUCUUGAAGCAAAUGUGGUUUGGGACAGAACUGUAGACAUUCCCUUCUUAGAAAAGAGCAUAAUAGAACGGGACGAGCACGGCGUGUGGAGUUGGAAGACCUAUUUCGGAGGUCCGGUUUGCCACCAACUUGCUUUGUUGAUACGACAUGGUAGUGAGUUCUUCGGUCCUUUUUCCUUACCUAUAAAAUAGAGGGAAUUACCUUUUCCACAGCCUGUAAGGAUUAAGUGAGUACAUUUAGAAAGCACUUGGCAAACUGUGAAGUGCCACAGAUCUUACUACAUUAAUUAUAAUUAUCCUAGAGAAACAUCUAAGAAAUGGGUAAUAUCAGAAAAUAAGGAAUGGUUUUAGGUAGAAGACUUUGAGUGGAUUAUUUAUAGUGUUAGAGGUUACAAGUCAGUAACUCGUUGAGUCUUCACAUAGAGAAAGGGAGUUGGGGAUUGAAGAUGAUAAUUCUUAAGAGAACUUCAUUGAUGUAUGUGCAAUCUCAAGAAGAAGGUAACUGAGAGACAAAGUAACCCUAAAGGAAGAAUUAAAAUCUUGGUGAACACGUGCUCUAAAAAGAGGUUUAAGCUAAUUUCAUAGUUUUGCGUGACAGCUGCCUUUCAGUAGCAGGUCGUAGGGAACACAAGAUUACAAUUUCAGCUUCCUUCUGGACGAGUAAGAAAUGAAGUGACAGGGUCUCGCUCCGUCACCCAGGCUGGAGUGCAGUGGCAUGACCAUGGCUCACUGCACCCAUGACCUCCCAGGCUUAAGGGAUCCUUCUGCCUCAUCCUCCUGAAUGGCUGGGAUUAUAGGAUAAACUUUGCCAUGUGUGGAGGUGUCUUUUCAAGGGCCUAUUCCCUGGUGGAUUCCAGUCAAGUGUCUACAUUUCUGAUUUCCAUUCUUCUUAUAGUCUAUGGUAGUUUCAGGUCCCUUAAUAUGGACUUUGAAAAUCAAGAUAAGGAGAAAGACAGUAAUAGUUCUUCUGGGUCUUUCAAUGGCAACAGCACCAAUAAUAGUAUCCAAACAAUUGACUCUACCCAGGCUCUGUUCCUUCCAAUUGGAGCAUCUGUCUCUCUUUUAGUAAUGUUCUUCUUCUUUGACUCAGUUCAAGUAGUUUUUACAAUAUGUACAGCAGUUCUUGCAACAAUAGCUUUUGCUUUUCUUCUCCUCCCGAUGUGCCAGUAUUUAACAAGACCCUGCUCACCUCAGAACAAGAUUUCCUUUGGUUGCUGUGGACGUUUCACUGCUGCUGAGUUGCUGUCAUUCUCUCUGUCUGUCAUGCUCGUCCUCAUCUGGGUUCUCACUGGCCAUUGGCUUCUCAUGGAUGCACUGGCCAUGGGCCUCUGUGUCGCCAUGAUCGCCUUUGUCCGCCUGCCGAGCCUCAAGGUCUCCUGCCUGCUUCUCUCAGGGCUUCUCAUCUAUGAUGUCUUUUGGGUAUUUUUCUCAGCCUACAUCUUCAAUAGCAACGUCAUGGUGAAGGUGGCCACUCAGCCGGCUGACAAUCCCCUUGACGUUCUAUCCCGGAAGCUCCACCUGGGGCCCAAUGUUGGGCGUGAUGUUCCUCGCCUGUCUCUGCCUGGAAAACUGGUCUUCCCAAGCUCCACUGGCAGCCACUUCUCCAUGUUGGGCAUCGGAGACAUCGUUAUGCCUGGUCUCCUACUAUGCUUUGUCCUUCGCUAUGACAACUACAAAAAACAAGCCAGUGGGGACUCCUGUGGGGCCCCUGGACCUGCCAACAUCUCCGGGCGCAUGCAGAAGGUCUCCUACUUUCACUGCACCCUCAUCGGAUACUUUGUAGGCCUGCUCACUGCUACUGUGGCGUCUCGCAUUCACCGGGCCGCCCAGCCCGCCCUUCUCUAUUUGGUGCCAUUUACUUUAUUGCCACUCCUCACGAUGGCCUAUUUAAAGGGCGACCUCCGGCGGAUGUGGUCUGAGCCUUUCCACUCCAAGUCCAGCAGCUCCCGAUUCCUGGAAGUAUGAUGGAUCACGUGGAAAGUGACCAGAUGGCCAUCAUAGUCCUUUUCUCUCAACUCAUGGUUUGUUUCCUCUUAGAGCUGGCCUGGUACUCAGAAAUGUACCUGUGUUUAAGGAACUGCCGUGUGACUGGAUUUGGCAUUUAAAGGGAGCUCGUUUGCAGGAGAGAGGUGCUGGAGCCCUGUUUGGUUCCUUCUCUUCCUGCGGAUGUAGAGGUGGGGCCCCUUCCAAGAGGGACAGGCCUCUCCCCGGCGCGCCUUCCUCCCACGUUUUUAUGGAUCUGCACCAGACUGUUACCUUGUGGGGGAGAUGGAGAUUUGACUGUUUAAAAACUGAAAACAGCGAGGAGUCUUUCUAGAACUUUUGAACACUAAAAGGAUGAAAAAAAUUAGCAAACCGAAGUUUCUUCAAUGACCCCUCGAGAACUUUGGGACCAGUUUCCUAUGGGGGACUCAGUUUCAGAGAACUGAGACAGAAGCUCUUCUGUCGUUAUAUUCUUCUUUCCUUUUUUUGGAUUUAUUAAAUAUUUUCUGUGGUGUGAAGUGACUUAUUAAAUCCACAGACAUUGAGUGACUUCUUACAACAUCCACAUAGGAAUUUGUUGUAAUGAGUUCAUGUCCACCCAGAUGUUGUGUUGGCAGUGAACAAGGGCACGGUUUUUAUACAUACGUACAUAUAUAUAUAUAUAUAAACACACACAUAGAUAUAUAUGAAUAAACAAAAAUGAAAUCCUGCUAAGAUCACGCUGUGUAGCUGACAGGGGCUUGCUGUCGUUUUGAGCAUGUCGCGCAGUUUACUGUGGCUUCCUCGUAUAUGGAUAAGCUGCUGUCCUUCCCCUUCACGACUGACCCCGCAGUUACAAACCAGUAUAGCCUUUGUGCUGAUAGACUCAUGGACUUUAGGAGCCCUUACUUGGUUUUGAUCAGUGUAGCAAAUUAGGGAUGAAGAGUUCAAACCUUUUGGCCCUUUCUUUCUUUUCUAGGCUUCUCCCUCGCAGGGUGUUCCGUAGUUUCUUCUCGAGCCAAUGCAUGUAUUAUAGCAGCAGGUGUCUUUGUGCUUUCUCAUCAUAGUAAUGUACUACUUGUAAAUACAUUUUUCUAUUUUCUAUUUUUUUGUAUUUUUUUUGACAUUUUGUUUCAUUGGUGUGCUGUAUAUUUUCCAUGCCCUCACUCCUUUAAGAAAAAAAAAAAAAGGAAAAAAGCAACACAAUCCUGUCCUUGCUGUUGUGAUUAUAGUCUUGGUUUACCUGUGGUGACAACCGGGUGUUGGGGACACAUAUCAAAUGCCCCUCUGAGAUGGGCCCUAAAUUCCAGUAACUGGGGAAAGAACCAGCUGCUCUGUCCUGAGAGCCUGGCCCUGUGCUGUGGUCUCUGCUGCAAGCCCAGAUUUCUGGGAGUAACUAGUGUUAGGUCUGCUGACCUUUACCUAAGCAGCCCCUGCCUGGUAAGAAGGUGCCCAUUGUUCAGAGGCAAAGAGAAGCCUGCGGUUGGCAUGAGGAUGCCUGACAACAAAGGCUGGAGAAGGGCCCUGAGUUCCAGCCUCUCCCCAAGGGUCCCCGCCCCAGUGGCUGCCUCUGUCUUGACCUGUGUAAUGAACUAGUGUGCUGUGUCACUGUGGCUUGAAGUCACUGUGGAUCAAGCUCACAGGGGGCACCCAUCCUGUUGUCAACAGAGUCUGAAGCAGUCAGGGUGUUGGAUUCCUCUGUUGUUGUCAUCAAAUCCUGCUGAGGGGUUUCUGGGGUUUUGUUUUUAAUAAAUGACUCCUUUGUAGCCUUUGUCACAUAA